GGCUUCUUGCCAAGGUUUUCUUAAAGGCCAGCUUUUUCUCAGCUGAACUUGUAUCUAUUGUUGCGCAACUCCUUAUCAUCUCGCUACUACACCUUCAUUGCCUAAAGUCUUACUUCUUUGCAAUAAGAAGACUUCGGCCAAACCUAGCCCACAACAAUCUACGUUCAUUGUAGCCUAAGUUUCCGAUGGAGCCUGUCAGCCUUACUCUUGGUGCAGUUUCCCUGGCUAGCCUUUUCUCUCUGUGUAUACAAUGUUUCGAUCUCAUCGAAAUUGGCCGGAAGACUAGCGUGGACUAUGAGAUUAUGGUUGUGAAACUCAGUAUAGAGAAGCGGCGAUUGAUGGUCUGGGGCGAAGCAGUGGGUAUACUCAGGCCGGAUCAGGACAGAGAUCCUCUUCUGGACGACCUGGAAACGCGGACACUGGUCGAGAGAAUACUCUCAAACGUUCAGAGACUAUUCGAUGAAACGCAGAAUCUUAAGUCGAAGUAUGGUCUGGAGAAAACAUCCUCAACGCAAAAUAGUUCGAAAGCAAUAGUUCAGGGCUGCGCGGUUUGCUCGCUGUCUUUUGAGAGCUCACCACUGGUCCAAUUUCAUACGGGAUUCUCCGAGCAUAUUAGGAAAGUAGGGGCUUGUGGAGAAGACUCGUUGGGCCAUUCGAGAUUCAAAGAAGUUUGCCGCCUUGAUUCAAGAUUUGAAGGAUUUGCUGGAUGGGCUUGGUGAGAUCACAAUAUCUUCCAGAUCAACGAUACUCAAGGGACAGCUUAUUCGGGAAGAGACGCAAUCAAUGUCGGAUCUCAAGAUGCUGACAGUUAUUGAGCAGACGUGUUCCGAUACAGAUUGGAGGAGUUCUGCGAGUUCUGCGAGCACCUACUUUAACAAUCAGAAUCGGCUAACACCUGAGGGGCGAGAAGAUAUCCA